CUUUCUUCAGAGUUCCGAAACGUUUCGCCGGAAGUAAGGAUAUGGGGAGGCCGCAACAACGGUAUCGCGGAGUGCGGCAGAGGCAUUGGGGCUCCUGGGUCUCUGAGAUUCGUCACCCCAUCUUGAAGAGGAGAAUAUGGCUGGGAACAUUCGAAACGGCAGAAGAUGCAGCCAGAGCUUAUGAUGAAGCUGCCAGGCUCAUGUGUGGGCCUCAGGCCAUAACCAAUCUCUCUCCUCCUCCUCCUUCUUCCUCCUCUAGCUUUCUCUCUCCAUCUCUCACAGCCAAGCUUCUGCAAAUGUGCCAGAUGGCCUCUCUUUCCCUUCAAAUCAACAAGCAGCAACGGCAUACACAGACCUCUCUCACUCAAUAUCCUUCCUCCGCCACCAAUGCCGUGUCGUCGCCGGAGAAUUUUAAACGGGAGGAUGAAGAGGAGGAGGAGGAUGAGGAACGGCAGUUUCAUCAGCUGCAAGUUCUCGAAGAUGAUCACAUUGAGCAGAUGAUUGAAGAGCUACUUCAUUGUGGCUCAUUUGAGCUUUGUGAUACUAAUACUAAUCCUACCAUGUAAUAAUAUUUACAAAAAUAAUUAACUCCUCUGUGUUUCUUAUCAAUAUUAAAACCUGCAUUAUGGCCCAACAAACAUCCUCACAAAAUGCUGAACUCCAUAUACACAG